CUAACAACGCUCACUUUGAAACUGCCUUGACGCCUCCUUCUGUGCCUUGUUGCCCUUGUUGCCGCCGACCGUACCUGCUGAUAAACCCCUGACCCUCGCCGAUCCACGUCGCCGAUAUCCUGCCACCAACCCCCGAUAAUUCAACCUCCACUUGUUCUUCAUCUAUCUACCUACUUACAUACACCCUUCGUGUUUGCUCGAUAACUUCGAAUCCACAAACCAUGGCAGCUCCCGGUGUUCAGUCGUUGAAGUGUGUCGUUACUGGUGAUGGUGCUGUUGGCAAGACAUGUCUUCUCAUCUCAUAUACCACGAAUGCCUUUCCUGGCGAAUACAUUCCCACAGUCUUUGAUAAUUACUCCGCGAGUGUUAUGGUCGAUGGAAAGCCUAUUAGCCUUGGACUCUGGGAUACUGCUGGACAGGAAGAUUACGACCGCUUGCGCCCGCUAUCAUACCCCCAGACCGAUGUCUUCCUGAUCUGCUUCAGUAUUGUCAGCCCACCCUCGUUCGAUAACGUCAAGGCUAAGUGGUACCCCGAAAUCGAUCACCACGCCCCCAACAUUCCCAUCAUCUUGGUAGGCACCAAGCUCGACCUUCGAGAGGACCCCGCCACUUUAGAAAGUCUCCGCUCUAAGAGGAUGGAGCCCGUUUCUUAUGAUCAGGCUUUGAUUUGUGCCAAAGAGAUCAAGGCACACAAAUACUUGGAAUGUUCUGCAUUGACUCAACGAAAUUUGAAGAGCGUUUUUGAUGAAGCUAUUCGUGCUGUGCUCAACCCUCGUCCUGUCCCUAUGAAGGGAGGCGGAAAGAGUAAAAAGUGCACGAUCCUCUAGAUACCCUCGCCCAUCCACAAUAUAAUAUUCUGCCCCCUAAGCAACAGAUAUUGGCAAGGAAUGCCGGCGUUUUGGGGGUUCAUAUAGGAAUGAUACUUUUCAUCUAGGAACCGACGUGACGAGGCGACUUCUUUGCAUUGACCAUUCACAUCAGCCUCGCGUCCGUUCCUUUGUGCACACACACCACAUACCCAUCCAUUUGGUCCGGCCGCAGUUUGGGGAACGGGACUUCUUUUAAUGGAUUCAACUCGGGGAGAGAAGAAAGAGAGCGGUAGUAACCCGUAGCAGUGAAUUUGAGAAGCAUUGGUUUCUUGCAGAAGGGCUCGUUUGUCCAGGAAGGUUAAUACCCAGUUCUUCUGGUGUAUCUCUCCGUACUCUUGGUGCUAGCCGAGUUGGAGAAGACCAGAACUUGAUCAUAGGACCUCCCUGCAUGUUUUGAUGCCCCCACUUGAAUUUGAUAGAAAGCGAGAAAGCUCUUAUUGCAGCACAGCAUGGAAGGAUGCCACUUGACCAUUAUUUGUCAAUACUGUAAAUAUCACAGCGGUACAAUGGAAAUGGAAAGUUUUUCCUAAGUCAUAGUACUAUGCCGUGCUUUUAUUAUAUAUUCAAUAUGCGAUAUACUUCAUGCCUAGCGACAC